UUUUCAAGUAUCAGUAUGAGAUAAGGUUCGGAGUGUAUACGGUGCAUACUCAGUGUAUGGGUUCAUACACGAAUAUGGGAGAAAAGCUACAACCCAGACUGGAGCUGGUGGAUACAGCAGUACGGUUCCUUGAGAACCCGAAGGUUCAAGGAACAUCAGAACAGAACAAGAGAUCGUUCCUAGCCAAGAAAGGAUUAACAGAACAGGAGAUUUCUCUAGCGUUUAAUCGCUGCAAGGCCUCGAAUAUUCAAGGAGCUGUAGUACCUAGCCAGGAGUACCCUAUCCAACCUAUCCAACAUUAUGGUUUACAGAGUGGGUUUUCUACUAAGCUUCGAGAUUUCAUGAACAUUCUACUAUUAAUCGGUGGAUUCUCUUAUGGAGCAAGAUAUCUAUGGGAGAAAUAUAUCCGGCGCUGGUUGUACGGAGAAGAUGAUGAACCCAACCCAACCCACAUCCUGCUCCAAACAAGUCAAACCCUGCUCCACUCCUUAAACAAGCUCCAGGAUGGAUUGAAUAAGAUCCAGGAGACCUUAGAGAAACUCCAUCUUCAAGAGCGAAGAUCAGAUUCAGAUUCCUUAGAAGUGAAGAAGGAAAUCCAGUCUGUGAAAGGGUUACUCCUCAGCAGUCGUGCAUUCCCUCAGACCCCCACCCUACCAUCAAACCCUGGUAUUCCUUCCUGGCAGCGAGCUUCUAAACCCACACCUUCUCCACAGUCUAAACCAUCUUCUCCAGAACCAAUAUGCAAACCUUUAACUCCGGAACCUGCAUCUAAACCUGACACCGAUGAUUCUAGAUCCCGGACAGGGUUGAUAAUGGAUGCAUCACCACCUAGAGAAGAGUUGAAUGACGCAUCACCACCUAGAGAAGAGUUGAAUGAUGCAUCACCACCUAGAGAGGAAUUGAAGAGUGUAUCACCACCUAGAGAAGGAUUGAAGGAUGCAUUACCACCUAGAGAAGGGUUGAAAGAUGAACCCUCCCAAAGGGACAGAUUGCAGCGGAUCAGCUGUGACGGGAGUACCCGGAGUAGUGGGAAUGAAAGUAGCUGUGCAAGUGAGAUUGAAAUACUAGGACAUGAUAGUGGAGAGGAAGGAACAGGUGGGACGGAGACGGAGCUUCCAGAAGACACGGAGAUUAAGGAUCCUAACCUGGAGUUGGAAAUAUAGAACCUAUGCUGGAAAAAUAUGAUUUCUAUUUAUUUCAAAUAUAAUUAACUAUCUAAACGAAAGUAUACUAUUUUGAAAAUAUUAAUAAAUAUCAUCAAAAGAA